UUCGCAAAGUGUCAUGGCGUCUCCCUUGAAGGGGGCUUGUUCCUUUAAAAUCUAGCAAUCGGCAGUAGUGUCUUUCUUCUCUAAAUAGGUCUGUUAAAAAACAUUUUCGUAUCAAAAGGGAUAUUUUUCAAGACAAAGACGUCACCAUGGGGACUGUCCACGCCAGGAGUAUGGACCCUCUCCCGAUGCACGGGCGUGACAUGGGCGUUCAUCCCGACGACAUGAUUGAGGUGCAGGAGGCAGAACAAGAGACUAAACAGGAGGUCCUGGAAAACAAAGACGUUGUUGUCCAACAUGUCAACAUUGAGGGCUUGGGCAGAACUAAAGAGGAUCUGCUGGGCUAUGAAAUCUCUGAGGUCUUCGAUGCUAAAAACCUUAUUGAUGUCAUGAAGAAGUCUCAUAUUGCCAGACAGAAACUGCUGCGUCUGGGCAUUUUCAAAGAGGUGGAGGUCGUCAUUGAUACAUCAGAUGGUGCGGACGCGUUGCCCAAUGGUCUGGACGUGACGUUCGAGGUGACAGAGAUGAAGAGGCUGACGGGCAGUUACAACACCAUGGUCGGCAACAACGAGGGCAGCAUGGUGUUGGGUGUGAAGCUUCCUAACGUGUUUGGCCGUGCUGAGAAGUUAACCUUCCAGUUCUCCUACGGGACCAAGGAGACUUCCUACGGCCUGUCCUUCUUCAAGCCCCAGCCAGGCAACUUCGAACGCAACCUCACUCUAAACCUGUACAAAGUCACAGGCCAGUUUCCAUGGAGCUCCCUGAAAGAGACAGACAGAGGUGUUUCCACUGAGCUCAACUUUCCUCUGUGGAGGACCAACCACACUCUGAAAUGGGAGGGUGUGUGGAGGGAGCUGGGCUGUCUGGCACGCAGUGCCUCUUUUGCGGUGCGAGAAGAGAGCGGACACACCCUCAAGUCAGCCCUCUCGCACACCAUGUCCAUUGACACCAGGAACUCUGCCAUCUUCCCCAAGAAAGGUGCGUUACUGAGGAUCAACCAGGAGCUGGCUGGCUAUACAGGCGGAGACGCCAGCUUCCUGAAGGAGGACUUUGAGCUGCAGGUCAACAGACGGCUGGUCUGGGACUCGGUCCUCUCUGCCUCCCUCUGGGGUGGGUGUCUCCUCCCCAUCGGAGGCAGACCGUCCUCCAUCGCUGACAGAUUCUAUCUGGGCGGUCCCACCAGUGUGCGAGGAUUUGGAAUGUACAGCAUCGGCCCACAGAGCGAGGGUGACUACCUGGGGGGAGAGGCGUACUGGGCAGGCGGGCUCCACCUGUACACUCCUCUGCCCUUCCGUCCGGGUCGGGGCGGCUUCGGAGACCUCUUCAGGACACACUUCUUCCUAAACGCUGGGAACCUGUGCAACCUCAACUAUGGAGAGGGUCCAAGAGCACACCUACAGAAGCUGGCGGAGUGUAUCCGCUGGUCGUAUGGAGCAGGCCUCGUGUUGCGUCUUGGGAACAUCGCCAGGCUGGAGCUCAACUACUGCAUUCCCAUGGGGGUUCAGAGUGGAGACAGGAUAUGUGACGGCGUCCAGUUUGGAGCAGGAAUCCGCUUCCUGUGAUGUCUUCACUUUGCCGCCCGGGUCCAGCAGCAGAGAGCACGAUGGGAAAGGGAGGAGAGCAUUGUCACUUGUUAUCCGUUGAGUUUAACACUAGCUGUGGGAACCUGCCAGAAUGCACGGUCCUGGAGGAGUGCCCCGCCCCCUUUUGAUAUUAACCAAUGAUAUCACCCACUAUGUUUGCUGUGUUACUUUUCCACCAACCAAUUACGUUUCUGGCCAGACAGAGAUUUGGGCAUAUAUUUUCUUUUUUUCAUUUUAGUCAUUUAGCAGACGCUCUUAUCCAGAGCGACUUACAGGAGCAAUUAGGGUUAAGUGCCUUGCUUAAGGGCACAUCGAAAGUUUUUUCACAUAGUUGGCUCGGGGAUUAGAACCAGCGACCUUUCGGUUACUGGCACAACGCUCUUACCCACUAAGCUACCUGCCUUCCAGGACUGCUGCCUGCCCUAUCCUUAGGGAAGAGACUAUUGGUUUUUGUUCUAGAUUUAUUUUACCCUCUUAGAACUUUUGCCAACUGAUUUGUCAAUAGAAUCCUGUACAUGCCAAGAUGUUGAUGCAAUUGAAGGGAUUAAAUUAAAUGGGAGAACAUAUAACCAGCACUUUGUUUUGAUGACCGAACUCACUUAGCCCACGGAAGGGAAUUGACAACUCCUCAUGUCAAAACAGUCGGUUCUGGUGUUUGACGGGAGAAUUGAGAGUUGACUCCCCCUCUCCACAGCAGCCCCUGUGAAUCUGAGGUGGGAACCCCAAGUGUGACCCACCACCAGUGCUCUUAAUGUUAGUCCUCUUUUUAAUGUUGUUUUAGUUAAGUUACACAAUAAAUCACAUUUGUUCCCCUUAA